GAUUGAGGACGUCAGACAAAGGGUCAAGUGCGGACUCAAGUGUGAUUUAACAAAUAUUUCGCGAAAUAGGCAUCUUUAAUCCGACGGAAUUGGUGGAACAAGGUCUGAGUUACGUGGGGAAUGUCAUGGAACUCAUAGAUGUUCAAUAUCUUAAGAGGGGUAAACAAAGUAAAAACAGAGAAUGGGCAACACUGGAUCAGGAAAACAUAAGGAUGUGCACAGCUCAGAUUCUACAUUAGAAUUUGAAACUGGCAAGAAGAUGUUCCCAAGUGGACAGGAAGCCAAAAUGGUUUCAUCAGCAAAAGAGCGCGAAUUUGAUGAAAGUGACUAUGAUUUUGAUGAUGACCUCAUGGAACCAGAGCCUCCGCUGAAGAGGACUGUGCCAACAGUAUUUGGUUGGGAACAUGGUGGCCGGGAAGUUUUACUCUCAGGGAGUUUCAAUGACUGGAAAACAAGAAUUCCAAUGAAUCUUAGCCAAGGAGAAUUCUCAGCAAUACUUGAACUUCCAGAAGGGGAGCAUGAGUAUAAGUUUUGUGUGGAUGGCCGCUGGAUCCAUGACCCAAAUGCUCCAACUACAAAUGACAAUUUUGGAGGUAGAAACAAUGUGAUCAAUGUAAAGAAGUCUGACUUUGAAGUGUUUCAAGCUCUGGAGUCUGAUGCUAGUGCAAGUAUUGGUUCUGCUGGAUCAAUCAAAUCAGUAUCAGGAUCUCCACCUGGCUCUUAUGGCCAACUUAUUCCAUCACAUCACAACCCUGUUAUAGUACAAGAUGGGAUGCAUUCUAGCGUACCUCCAGUUCUUCCUCCACAUUUGCUCCAUGUAAUACUCAACAAAGAUGUGGUGGAUCACAAUGACCCUUCCCUUUUACCAGAACCAAACCAUGUGUCUCUAAAUCACUUAUACGCUCUCUCUAUAAAGGAUGGAGUCAUGACGUUAAGUGGAACGCAUCGCUUUAGGGAGAAAUAUGUUUCAACCUUGCUGUACAAACCAAUUAAACCAAUUUGAAUGGCAAGAUACAAAACAUGUUAAAAGACUUAGUGUGUUGAUAUGGACUGAAGGUGGAAUGAAACUACAGACCUUUUUCCCAGUUCAGACAAAAUGUUUGUACUAUGAAGUACUUAGACUUCCUAUAAUACAGCGGCAAUACUUGGUUUGCAAAGUUUACUUAAGGGCAACAAGGAAGGAGGAAGACUUGCGUGCACAAGCUACAUGUAACACAUAACUCUCCUAACUAGCUUUUGCUUUGUUGCAAAUUCUGCUUAGAUAUUUAGAAAGAGGUUAUCUCAGAAAUUAUUAAUGUGCUGAUUCUCCAUGCAGAGAGGUUAUGAGAACUGACAAGUUUAUCAGCAAGAGGGCAUUUUCUUGAUAUAGGACCAAAUUUAGUUGUCUAAUUUAAAAGGAAAUGCAUGGGAAGCAGUGGGAAGAAUUGAUCUUUGGAUCAUGGGAUUAAGGGUGAAAGUGGUGUAUUUAGUAUUUUGCCACUCCUCUGGAAGGUGUGCGAUUGGAAAGAGGAGACCAUGUCAUAGCACUUUCUAAUAAUUGUGGUAUUGUUAAUGAAAGAAAAUUUUGUAGCUGUAAAUUUUUAUUCAGAGUUUUACAGGGAAUGAUUUAGAAAAAAAAAAUUGGGGAGAGAAAUUUAGAAGUCUAUUAGGGAUCAUGAAGGCUCUCUUUAUUAAGCAUUUUUUUUGUAAGAAGGUUUGUGACUAUACAACUUUAGAAUCGAUGAGUUGUGGCAUACGUUUAAUUUCUCUGUGUCAAACAUGACUUAUGUGCCAAUCUAUAUGAAGUCUCAACAUACUUUCAUGCUCAGAAGGGGUGGGGUGGGAAUUUGAAUCUUACUUAGCUGGGUGGGGAAUUUGAAGUGGAAGUGUGGAGUCUUUCAAGCAGAAUAAAAGUGUUAUAUCUUAAGAUAUGGAGGAAAUGUGUAGUCACAGUCACUGAUUCUGCGUUUGAGGGCAGUUUUUACCUGGGGGGGGGGGGUUUGAACAAAUCAGUCUUCAAAAGUUCAAAGGUCUGAAAUUGCUUGAUGCAUCAUUCAGAAUGUAAGGGGAAGUGGGCUUCAAAGUACUUUUUUUGUGAUGAAAGCAUUUAGCAAACAAGAUCCUAUCUUUGACUUAAAAGAGUAAUCAUUACAUUAACUCUCCUCAUAAUUUUAACUCUAUGCAACAGAACAAGCAAUCAGUAUUAGUCUGAAAUUAUAGAUGGGAGGUUGAUGUUCCAAACCCACAGAGAAAUGCAUAGGAAAUCUCCUUCUGGCUUAUGGAUUGUGAUUAUCAUGAUAACAGCCUUUUGUUGUGCUGAUAUUGUACAGUAUUUAACAGAGUAUUUUGUUGUUUUGUUAUGGUAAAUAAAAAAGAGAUCUAGGAAAGACUAUUUUGAAUAAGGGGUCAUGUCUCAUCCAUUGCUUAUGUCUUUGUUAGCAUGUGACCUUGUCUGAUGAUGUGUAUUGUUGGUAUGUGUUAGGUUAGCAGGGGUGUAGCCAGCUUUUUCCAAUUUGUUGUAGGUUUGGGGCUUGUUUCUUAAAAGUCCUGGUUACUCAACAGGACUGUCAAGCUGUUCUGUUUUCUUUCAAGAUGGGGGUUUCAAAGUUUUCAAAAUUAUACAGUGUAACUAUAAGCUAAAGAAACAAAAUGGAGUUGUUAGGAUGUCAAAACCUGCUUCUCAAUUCUUUUAAUAUGGCUUGGACCUGUUAAGUUACCAGGAUCUUUGAGAAAUGGCCCCUAUUCCUGAGGAGAGUUCAUUUUUUGUUUCAAUAUUUGCACAAGUCAUAUUAAAAAAGUCAAGCAAGUGGAAACGGAGAAUUUUUAGGCCUGGGCCUAUGGACUGGCUACACCCCCAGUAAAGUUUUUUAGUUCAUAGAAAUAAAAAAUUAUUCCAAGUGCUUCAUUGAUACCACAUGUAGCUCUAAUUUUUCUAUUCAAGAGAUUUAGUGAUUUAGUAUGUGACUGUACAAAUUGCAAAUAAAGUUAUUGAAGAAGAGUUUCAAACUCAGAGAAUUGUUUUGCCCCCAAUCUGUC